AUGCAGGUGGAUGAGAACUGCAGCAGGAAACGCCUAGUCUUCGGCUCCGGGAUAAUCGGCCAGCGUGUGAUGCAGGAGUUGCAUCGGCAGGGUACUGCUGAGUUGGCCAAAUUCGUUAAGUGGUCCGCUGGCAGACCAGAUUUGGCCUCACUUAGAGGCAUAAUGUUCCAGGGGCUAGCACAUUACUUGCUGUGCCGGGGCGGCUCGUUUCGUAUGCGCAGCCUUUCUAACCCCGGAGAGCAGGAGGUCAGCCUGGAGGUGCCGGAAAUGGAGUUGAUGGAGGUGCAGGACAGCGACCUCAAAAAAAUCAGCCCCACAACAAAAGGGUCUGGGCUCCUGGUGCCGGUGGCGAGGAACUUCACUGCCGUGGACAGCUUUUUGAUUUUGCCUGACAGCAACGGCAAGGCAGCGCGACUGCUCCUUAUCCAGGUGACUGUCUCUGCCAAUCACCGUAUUAGCGCGUCAGGGCUGCAAACCUCCAUGCGGAAACUGUCCAGGGACCUGAAGGGGCUCAAGCGCGAAAUGUACUUUGCAGUGCCGCCCGACCUGUUUAAGCAGUUCAGGAAGCAACAGUUUGAGGGGGCAGCUAAGGACUCCAUCGAGAUCGAUCAGUUUGCCAUCGAGAUCCCCCUGUUGGCGGUGAUGGUGUCGCCACUGCAGCUGUGGCAGCUGCAUCCGCUGGUGAUGGCUGGUAUGGUGGCCGCUGUGGAUGUGGGCACAAGGUUGUGAACGUCAGAGGCUUAGAAAUCUAGUCGGUGGCUUUGCUUGUCUUGGUCACCAUGGCAUGAUGCUUUAUUGGGCCCUCUAGACAUGCAGAUUCAUGUUAACGGUUGGGCUCGCAGCUGGUGUGUACCUGGGGACUGGUCAUUGCUGGGCAUUUGCUCAUUUGCUGGUGUUGCAGGUUGUGUAGAUAUAGGCACAGAUGGGCAUGUAUCUGUAAGUGCGCUGAGUUGUACAAGGAAACAGCUACAGAUAUGAGUGGUAGCAUGGGCGGAGUAGGUUUGUACGGCUGAAUAUGUGUACACUUGUGUACGGCUGAAUACAUGCCUUGGCAUCUCUGAACGGGCCUGCAUGUGUUGGACUGCUGUUGGGGGUGCUGGCUGUGAGGUGUUUGCAGCUCAACAGUGGGUGUACUGCUUUCAGGAAGGGAGGCGUGCUGGGGCAGCAAAGUGAUGCUGUAUGAGUAGAUUGUUUGGCAAGCAAGGGUGUGAGAAGUCAUUGCAAUUG